CACAAUUCGCUAUAUUCACCUCUUCUUGUUCUUCCCGCUCGGCCGAGCGUUCUUCUCCUUCUUCCGCUGCUCCAACUGUCGCUGCUUUCUGAUAUCUUCCGUGCUCUUGAUCUCCCCCUUGCCACCGCCAUCUCUGAAUCUCCCAACCCGCUUCUCCUUGGCCUCAUCAACCCUCCUCCUUCUAACAUGGUAAUCAUCACGGUAUUUAUCUGCCUCCUUCGGUGCCCUCUCUUGCUUAUGCUUGUACCUCGUCCCCAUGCCUCUACCAACUGUAGCGCCAACCCCACCAGCCCGCUCAGACUCACCAGUCCUCGGUAGGCGCUCUACCUUGUGCGCCUUGCGCCACCUGUCGAACCGUCCCGACUGGAAUGACGCCGCGAUCUUCUGUCCCGACUCUCCGCGGAUCAUCUUUGCGCCCUUGGAUCCAUCCUCGUCGUUAGCACGUGCAACGUACUUGCUAUUCUUUUUGUCCCAUCUCAUUCCCUUUGCCUGACUGGGCUCUGCGAAGCUCUUCGCACCAUCAUCGUUCGUGAGGUCCAUGGUCACACCGCGCGCUGCCUCCACGAAAUUGGAGUUCUGGCUUGCAGUGUUGUAGGAACCUGAGUGGACACCGUAACCCCGCUCCUCAGCCGCGUUUAGGUUCUUGGGCGUGUAGGACAUGAAGUUCUCCGAGUCCUUGUAGGAGAGGGUUCGGCCCUUACCCUUCUGCGCGGCCUUGGAGAAGGUCACUUCUAGCUCGUCCUCUGAGGCUUCGGCCAUGUCAACGUCGUUACCGCCGGAGAUGGUAACCUCCAUGUCCGAAUCAUCAUGGUCGUCCUCAGCUGGCGCGGCCAUAGAAAUGCCCUGGAACGUGUCAUCAUCGUCGGUGAGCUCUGUGGCCUCUGCCUUGGCGUCAUCGAUGGCCUUCUGGCGACGAGGAAUGAUUUUCUGUCUUCGUGCGCGCAUAACCUCUGCAGCCUCACCAUGUCCAGCCUUGCCCUUGUAGCCAACUUCGAAGACGGUUUCAGUAGGGCGGAAACCGGCGAUGCGGGCCAGCAUGUCGAUGCGUGCCUGUUCAUUGCUGUUCGUCUCCGUGUUGAACAGGGGGUGGAGUUGUAUCCAUUGUGCGGAUGCAACCGACUGUUUUGCUCGCUUUGCACUCUCGCUCGAAGCAGAAUUACGCGUCUUGAGAUACAGACGCUCACCUUUGACCGAGACGCCGCGGAGGGCAGCCAGGUCGUCAUCGUCGCGGAGAAGCUUGUUGAUCCAUUCUUGGUUGGUUUCAAGCUUGUCGCGUACUACUGAUCCGACAAUGACAUCCUCAGCGUAGUUUGGAGAGUCUCCACUCUCACGUCCGAGAAGUAAGCGCCGUCCAAGGAAAAGCUGCAAAUCAAGUAGAUAGGGUGCAUCUGUCUCCUUAACGAGACUGUAACUCCAACCGCGCUGUCCAGCUCUGGCAGUUCUACCAACACGAUGGACGAAAAUUUUAGGUUGUGGAGGGAAGUCGUAGUUGACAACAUUUGCCAGCACAGGAAUAUCGAUACCUCUAGCAGCGACAUCCGUGACAACCAAGAUAUUGGUCAUGCCAGUUCUGAAAUCCUCAACUUGCAUCUUUCUAGCCGUUUGAUCCAGAGAACCAUAUGCGUGAGACACAGCGAAUCCAGAUAACCGUAGAAGGGAUGCAAGGUAAUCAACGUGAUGCUUUGUGGCGGCGAAUACAAUCGUAGAGUGUUCUGUUGGCUUAUGCUUUGGGCCUCUUCCAUCAUCACCACGCUUCCUCUUCUUGCUUGCCUCUGCCGCCGCAACUGCGGCUGGGGGUGGCCCAGUUGGCAUCCUAAUAAGAUCAUGAAGAAUGUGGAGGAGCGCGCCCUCUUUCUCUUCGCUCUUGAUAGUGAAGAAGGCACUCUGGAGAUCUGGCGAGAUCUUGCUCUCGGCGUCUAAACGCACGAGAGAAGGCUCUUCCAGACCAGCUCUUGCGAACUCAACCAGCGAUUUAGGUAGCGUGGCAGAGAAAAGGAGCGUUUGCCUUGAUGACGGCAAUGCGUACAGAAUCUCGGUAAGCUGGGCAGCGAAACCCAUUUCGAAGAGGCGAUCUGCCUCAUCAAACACGACGUACUUCAUAGAUGACAGAUCCAGUCCCAUUUCGACCUUGAGAUGUAGGAAUCGACCGGGUGUAGCAAUGACAAUAUCCGGGUUGGAUGCCAUGAAUCCAAACUGUUCCUCGAGACUGUCUCCACCCACCAGUAACACACACUUCAAGUCUGUGCCACGGCCAAAUUGCUUGACAACCUGCAGAGUCUGCAGCGCCAACUCACGAGACGGAGAUAGAAUCAGCGCUCUCGCUCCAACUUUCGCGCUAUGGGCCUUCAGUUUCUCGAUCAUGGGGAUAACAAAUGCCGCCGUCUUUCCGGAACCAGUCCUAGCCAUACCGACAACAUCCUGACUAUCGAGAAUAAGAGGUAUAGCCUUGCGCUGAAUGGGUGUAGGCACAGAGAAUCCUUUCCGUCCAAUAGCCUUGAGCAGAUGCGAAUUGAGUCCCAUAGCCUGGAAGCCACCGCCCUUCUUAACACUCUUGCCUUUAACAUUCGAAGACUUUCGGUUCGAAGCUGCUAACUCAGAAGCAAUAAAUGCCUCGUCGCCUUCUCCAUCGCUCUCUAGAGCCAUAUCGAGGACUCCGUCCAUGGGUAUGUCAGUUUUUUCUCCAGCGACGCCAAAGUUAUCGUCGUCGGACUCGACGUCCUCAUUGAAGAGGGAUUUCGUAAUGUCGAACUCAUUUUCCGACAUCGCAGGCGAUGCCGCCCGGCGAUUGUUUCUGGGAACCAUUCUCCGUUGCGUAUUGUUUGCGGAGUGGUGGAGGGCUUAUCGAAGCUUCAGAUUCUCAGAGAUGGGAACUUUUGACAUGGGACCCACCAAAUUAAUUUCUCACCGCCUCUGGCAGAAUCUUGUGCUAGCGCCAAAUCCCAUCGAAAAGAUUAUUCGAGGCUGCACUGAAAACCUCAACAUCGAUUCUGGCUUUGCGAAAGUAUAAGAUGGCGCCUCCAAAUGGUCAUAAAAUGGCUGGCAAGUUUGCGAAGCCAAAAAACGAUGCUCGUUCGCUAAAGAGGAAGAGGGUUGUGGAUGACCACGAUCGAUUAGAGAAGGAGAUCAAAGAACUGGAUCCCAAAGUCGCAGACAUUAAGGACUUCCAACACCUUCCCUUAUCGGAGCCUACCUCCAAAGGCCUCGACGCAUCGCAUUUCAAAACCCUGACCGAUAUUCAAUCGAAAGCGAUACCUCUCGCCCUUAAAAGCAAAGACAUCCUUGGCGCUGCAAAGACAGGCAGUGGUAAAACUCUCGCCUUCCUCGUUCCUGUUCUUGAGAACCUAUAUCGCCAAAAAUGGACCGAGUUGGAUGGGCUAGGGGCCCUAAUCAUCUCGCCGACGCGAGAGCUUGCCAUCCAGAUCUUCGAGGUACUACGGAAAAUCGGGAGGUACCACUCGUUCUCGGCCGGCUUGGUUAUUGGCGGUAGGAGUCUACAGGAGGAGCGUGAAAGGUUGGGCAGGAUGAACAUCUUGGUUUGCACACCUGGUCGAAUGCUGCAGCACAUGGACCAAACGGCCGCGUUUGAAGUCGACAAUCUGCAGAUGCUGGUACUGGACGAGGCAGACAGGAUCUUGGAUAUGGGUUUCCAAACCUCCGUGGAUGCUAUCCUAGACCAUCUCCCCAAAGACAGGCAGACGAUGCUAUUCAGUGCGACACAGACAAAGAAGGUGUCUGACUUGGCAAGACUGAGCUUGAAAGAACCGGAGUAUGUGGCAGUGCAUGAAGCUGCUACAAGCGCCACGCCUACGACGUUGCAACAGCAUUAUAUUGUUGUACCUCUGGCGGAGAAGUUGAACACCCUGUACAGUUUCAUACGGGCGAACUUGAAAGCGAAGAUAGUUGUUUUCAUGUCUUCUGGAAAGCAGGUACGAUUUGUCUACGAAAGCUUCAGGCACAUUCAGCCUGGUAUUCCACUACUUCAUCUUCAUGGACGACAAAAACAAACGGCAAGGCUAGAUAUUACGUCAAAGUUCUCGUCUUCUCAAAAUUCUUGCUUGUUCGCAACGGAUGUGGUAGCUCGUGGUCUUGAUUUCCCGGCCGUGGAUUGGGUUAUCCAAAUGGAUUGCCCUGAGGAUGCGGACACAUAUAUCCACCGUGUCGGGCGGACAGCUAGAUACGAAAGAGCAGGCAGAGGUGUAAUGUUUUUGGACCCAACCGAAGAGGAAGGCAUGCUUGCGCGGUUAAAACACAAGAAGGUUCCGAUCGAGAAGAUCAAAGUACGCACAAAUAAACAGCAGAGCGUUCAGAAGCAGCUGCAGGUUAUGUGCUUUCAAGACCCGGAGCUCAAGUAUCUUGGGCAGAAGGCAUUUGUCAGUUACACCCGAUCAGUAUACCUUCAGAAGGAUAAGGAGAUAUUUAAGAUCGACGAAAUUGACCUCGAGGGGUUUGCCUCUAGCAUGGGUCUGCCGGGUGCACCCAAAAUCAAGUUCCAGAAGGGCAAUGAUGCGAAGAAGCUGAAGAAUGCUCCUAGAGCUACCUUGGAAUCAAGCGACGAAGAGAGUGGUUCUGAGGCUGGUGGGAAGAAGGGCAAGAAGGAGGUGCGCACCAAGUACGACAGAAUGUUCGAGAUGCAGAACCAGAAUGUUCUUUCGGGCCAUUACACGAAGAUGAUAGCAGGGGAUGAGGAGAGUGAGGGUGAUGAGGCGAAUGCUGGUUCUGAUGAGGAUGGCGACUUCAUGUCUGUCAAGAGGCUCAUCCCAGUCGACAGCGAAUUCCCCGAAGACAUGGAGGAAGUUGCAUCUGCCGGACCUCAGCCGAAGGUUGUCAAGGGAGCGAACGAUACGGAGCUCGUCAUUGACUCGAAGAGACGCGAGAAGAUGCUCAAGUCUAAGAAGAAGAUGUUGAAGCUGAAGGGUCACGGAACCAAGACCGUGUAUGACUCUGAUGGCAACGCUCACGAUAUUUAUGAGCUUGAGGAUGAGGAUGACUUCAAGGCUAGAGGAACUGCUGAGGCACAGCGCGCCAAGUUUGUCGAGGAGGAGGCAUCGAAGGUCAAGCAGGCAGAUAUUGAAGAUAAGCAGUUGGCUAAGGAUAAGAGGAGGGAGAAGAAGGACAAGAGGAAAGCAAGAGAGAGAGGCGAAAUGGAUGAAGACGAUGAAGCGCCAGCGCUACAUGAUGCCGGCAGCGACGCGGAAGAUCCACUGGAAUUCCUCAAGUCAUUGCCAAUGGAUGAUGAGAGUGAAGCAGAAGAAGAUGAGCGACCACAGAAGAGAACCAAGAAGUGGUUUGAGAAUGACUCCGACGAUGAGUCCAAGGCGGCCGCCACGAAGAAAUCUCGUCGCCACAUCAUCGAGGCGGCAGACGAGCCAGAGACACUCGAGGAUCUCGAAGCUCUCGCAUCCGGAUUACUGGGAUAGCCUUUGUUGUAGACUUUAUAAAGUACUUAGAGCCUCAAAAUUACUAUACCCCAUUUCACAACCCAGUCCACUUUUUUCACCCGUACCUCGCUUACCCCUAACUUACUGUACAACGCCAACACACCGACCAGGCCGACGCUAGUCCCC